AUGAGUAGUCGCGGCGGUAAAUUAGCCCCAGAAGUCAAUCGAGCUCUGUUCGUAAAGAACUUGAGUUACAACGUCACUCCGGAAGAGUUGUUCGACCUUUUCGGAAAAUUUGGCCCAAUUCGCCAGGUUCGACAGGGUAUCGCCAACAACACCAAGGGUACUGCCUUCGUUGUCUAUGAAGACGUAGCCGACGCCAAGCAAGCCUGCGACAAGCUCAACGGCUUCAAUUUCCAAAACCGAUACCUCGUUGGUGCGUCCGCCUCGCCACCCUUCCGUUUCACGGUUCAUUUUUUCGAUGACUGUGUUGGGCUUCUAUACCACCAGCCCGACAAGAUGGCCAAGUCAAAAGAGGACCUCGAAGCCCGUCGGGAAUCUUUAGCUCAGCUCAAGCAACAGCAUGGCAUCGAUUGA